CUUCCCUCCUUCUCCCGGAGCCGCAUACGCACUCCCGGGAAGCAACAGGCGAAGAAGGAAGAGCUGGGAGAACUUUUUGAAGUGGGACUUCCAACCAUGCCAAACCGGUCGUUUUUGCGCAUGCAUCACCAAAACACACCCGAGGAGUGACAUUAUUCCUUCCUGAGGAAGGGGAAAAGCCAAAAGGAACUUAUUUCUUGUCGUCAAUCGGCGAACAAAGCGGAUCGCCCCCGGCUGGUGGUUUCAUGCGUCCGGCUGCGUGAGGGGGGCACCGGAGGAUGCCACGAUGCCCUCGCUGAUCUGCCGCGUGCUUCUCCUGUGGCUCAGCGUGCACAGACUGGCGCGGUGCACGGAACGCUUGUCCACGCGUGAGCGCUUCAAGGUGGUCAUCGCACCAUUCGUCUGCAAGCGGAUCUGCCUGAAGGGUCAGUGCCAGGACCGCUGCGAGCAGGGCAACAACACCACGCUCAUAGCGGAGAACGGCCAGGGGGCGGACACGCUCAUCGGACAGGGCUUCAGGGUCGUUGUGUGUCCCCUCACGUGCUUGAAUGGUGGCGUGUGCAGCUCCAGGAAACACUGCCUGUGCCCGCCGGGCUUUACGGGCCGACUGUGCCAGUUUCCUCUGCGACUCCCUCAGCGAGUUCAGGCAGCGCGGGGUAACAAGCAACCCGUCUAUCCCAUGUCCUUAAAGCCCGACGGACAGAAAGUGGUGGAGCAAGCGAGCCUGGGACGAACCCAGUUGACUCAGUCGCACUCUGUUUUCUCCAUACCAUUCGCACAGCCGGGCCACCACUCCUCUGAAGUGCAGAUAAACGUGCGCGUUCACCACGCACCAGACACAUCUGUGGUCAUUCAGCCUGUGGACCAAGCAGAGGGCAAAACUCCCCAGAAGACGCGGCCUCGCCCUCCGUCCACGCAACACAAGCCAAAAGGGCGUUGCUUCCAGGAGACCACACCCAAGCAAGCCUGCAACAGCACACCGCUUCCUGUUCUGACCAACCAGGAGGACUGCUGUGGCAGCGUGGGAAACUCAUGGGGACAAAACAAGUGUUACCAGUGCCCCAAACUGCCAAACGCUUCUGUCAAGCAGACAAUUGUCAAAGAUUACGGAUCCACCUGUCCGCAAGGCUAUAAAAGAUACAACAGCACACACUGUCAAGAUAUCAACGAGUGCUCCAUGCAGGGUAUCUGUCAGAAUGGAGAUUGUUUGAACACUCUGGGGAGCUUCAAAUGUUCAUGCAAAGCCGGUUUUGUCCUAGAGAGGAACCAAUGUGUUGCCGAGUUGGCUCAGUGCUUCCUGAUGGUGACGGACGGCAGGGGUUGCCAGCAUGCCCUGCCCACCCAACUCACCAAAGACAUGUGCUGCUGCACGGUGGGCAAAGCCUGGGGGCGCAACUGUGAACGCUGUCCGCAGGUGGGCACAGUGGCCUUCAGUAAUAUCUGCCCUGCCGGCAAAGGCUAUGUUCUCCACAACACGAGAGAAACCGUGGCCUUCCCACUAAUGCCCUACCCUCGCAAGCCUGAGAAGGAAGAGACGACAACAACUGCUGUGCAGCAGGCUCCAACAGCCGCUCACAGUCCUCGUGUUCCCGUCGUCAAACCCACCCCUCCGACAAUCAUCCGAAUGACCCCAGGCAAUGACCCCUUUGAAACCCAAACUAAAGUCUCACCAGAGACAGAUGAAUGUAGGCUAAGCAGGAACAUUUGUGGCCACGGAGAAUGUGAGAACAGCCCCGACGGCCACAUCUGUCACUGUCACCCCGGCUACCGUCUCAGCCCGCAGAGGAACAUCUGUGAGGAUGAUAAUGAAUGUGAGUCGGAGCCUUGUGGUCAGGGCAGAGGCUUUUGCAUCAACACAGACGGCAGCUACAAAUGCCACUGUCGCCAAGGCUACAAACACAUGGUGCACCACGGCAGGCUCAAGUGUGUCGAUGUGAACGAGUGCUCCAAGCGGGACAUCUGCGGCGCUGGAGGCCAGUGUGUUAACUUACCCGGGUCUUAUAAAUGUGAAUGUCACAGCGGCUUUAAGAGCAGGUCACACCGUCAUCCUGUAUGUGAAGAUAUAAAUGAGUGUUUAAAUCCUGACACUUGUCCGAAUGAGCAAUGUGACAACACGCCCGGCUCGUAUGAGUGUGUCCCUUGCUUGCCGGGUCACGAGGCCCGCUCUGGCAUCUGCUAUGAUAUAAACGAGUGUCAGAAACCUGGAAUCUGUCCAAACGGGAGAUGUGAAAACCUUCCCGGAACUUACCGCUGCCUGUGCAAUGAGGGCUUCCUCCCCUCUAUUGACAGCAAGGGCUGCAGUGAUAUCGACGAGUGUGAGGAUGUCAGGCUGUGUGCGUACGGCCGCUGCAUCAACACUGAAGGAUCCUUCCAGUGUCAGUGCUACCCAGGCUACCAGCGUACGCAGGAAGGCAGCCACUGCGAAGAUAUCAAUGAGUGUGAGAGGCCGUCAAACUGUCAAAGGGGACGCUGUAUCAACAGUAUGGGCUCGUACACCUGCGAGUGCCAGAAGGGUUUCACGCUGGUGGGAGGCCGGCGAUGCCAAGACAUUGACGAAUGCGCAUCCGACUGGAGUCUUUGCCAGCCUUACGGCUCUUGCGAAAAUAGGCCCGGCUCGUAUGUGUGCGUCUGCCAUCACGGCUACAUCCUCUCAGAGGACAAACACAGCUGCGAGGCACCCCAGAUGGUCGCAGAUGAGAAGAAGGAGUGCUACCUGAACCUGGAUGACACCGUGUUCUGCGACAGCGUCCUGGCCACCAACGUCACCAAGCAGGAGUGCUGCUGCUCCAUUGGCGUGGGAUGGGGAGACCACUGUGAAAUCUACCCAUGUCCUGUUUCUCACUCAGCCGAAUUCCACUUCCUGUGUCCUCACGGGCAGGGUCUCUAUUAUGACGAAGGAAUCAUGUAUAGCCGGCCUGCCUACCAGGAUAUCGACGAGUGUUUCCUAUUUGCCGAUGAAAUCUGCAAGAAGGGUCGCUGUCAGAACACGCAGCCAGGAUACGAGUGCUACUGUCAGCAAGGCUUUUACUAUGACGGCAACCUUCUCGAAUGCAUUGAUGUGAAUGAAUGCCACGACGAGUCUCUAUGCCGAAAUGGCCAUUGCGUCAACACCGAAGGCUCCUUCUACUGCAACUGUAAGCAACCGUGGACCCCGGACGCCAACAAAAAGAAAUGUAUCAUCGCAGCCGUGGCUGAUGUGAAUGAGUGCGAGGACCCGGCCAACUGCAAGAACGGUCUCUGCGUGGACACUCCGGGGUCUUACUACUGCAUCUGCUCCCCUCCUUGGACUCUGGCUAUCGACCGCAACCGUUGCGUGACUCCUGAGGAGCAGGCCGAUGUGAAUGAGUGCCAGGAUCCCUCGUAUUGUAAGAACGGGAGGUGUGAGAACACGCCCGGCUCCUUUCACUGUUUUUGUGACCCUCCUCGCACAUUCAGUGCGGCGCUCAAACAGUGUGUCUAUGACGAUCGCACUGCAGCCCACAAAGACGUGUGUUUCCUGCAGGUGGAUGAGGGUUUGAUCUGCAGCGAUCCCAGGAGCGUCAUGCUGGUGACCUACUCGGAGUGCUGCUGCCACUACGGCCGCGGCUGGGGUCCCGAGUGCAACACUUGCCCACCGAGGCAUUCGGAGAUGUUCAACCAUUUGUGCGAGAUGCACCUGGAGACCGAGUCGGACGGGGAGCAGGACAUCCUGACAGUUUUUGCUAACUACAAUCCAGGUGACAGUUCAGAGGAGGAUUCAGACGAAUGCAGUUGUGCUAAUGGCCAAUGUGUGCGCUCCUAUCUGGGCACCAUGUGUGAAUGUAAUCCAGGAUUUAGGUUGGACCACUCGCACACCCGCUGUAUAGAUAUUGACGAGUGUGCAGAACCAGGCAUUCGCAGUAGUCCGUGCGAGAACGCUCGCUGUGUGAACACUGUGGGCUCAUACAAGUGCUACUGCCAACAUGGCUUUGUGGCCACACGCAGGCCAAACAAAUGCGUCCGUCGUAGAACUCAAUAACCCCUUGACUUGUCCGUCUUAUUUAUCCAAACACAAUACAUAUAUGCAAUACACACUCAAGCACUGUGCAAAUGCUGUACAUACACCUCAGCCAUGUAAUAUCAAUGAUACAUGAUGUCAGCUCCUUUAUUGCCCCUUUUAAAAACAAACAAAAACGAGUUUUGUUUUCGUAAUUAAUUAUUGCAGUUAUGAUUUUUUAUUUUUAUUUUUUUUAACUUGAUGUUUUCUACUCAAUCCCAUUUGAUAUUUGUACAUUGUUUGAAGGCUAGUGCUAUCCCUUUUGAAAUCCGCAUUCAUCAAUAUUUAAUUCUAAAUUGCCCUACUUUGUGUUAUUCCAACACAGAUUGUUGAUUGUGUUAUUGUACAGUUUGUGGAUUGAGCGUUGUUGUAAAACUUAUUGAUGUUGAUGUAAAAUAUGAGAGACCUGAAGUUUUUUGUAUAAUUUGACAUGUGCACCUACGGAGACUUUAAGCUAGAGAUAAAAACCAUGCACUUAGCAAUGAAUGGUGGGAGUGUUUGCCAACAGUAGCUGAUUUUGGAAAAACGAGAAUGUUUUGCUGCAUUGAACCAUUUUGAAAACGUCUUAAGGAUUUAAUAAUAAAAAAUAUUUCAACCGA